AUGAGAAAUCUGAACGAGUGCCUUCUGGAUGUAGUUGGGUGGCCAUCACCGAUAAUCACGGAGCGGUGUCGUCCAUGUCUCGCACUCGGAGAAAGGAGCGAAGCAAGCUAUUCGACGAGAACUGAAACAGGCCGCAGCCAACGUUUCGCCGCCUCAACGGGUGCCUUGGGCCUCUGUCGAAUGGCACCAUGAAACGCUUCGAAAAGUGCGCGAAAUAUUGCGUGGACGCAAUUGGCAUCUGAUAGGGGAUCUGGUUCAGAUCCGUACGUCAUACAGAGGAGCCGUGCUAAAGAUCAAGACGAAUGAGAGUGAUUACUACCUAAAAUGCAGCCCAUCCACGUCGAACGAUGCUGGAGUGCCGUCAAUAAUGUCAAGCGUUGCUCCUGAUCUGGUCGCCAAGCCGUUGUUUGCAGACGUGGAAAGUCGUCAAAUGAUCCUUGCCGACCACGGUGAGGAGACUGGCAUGUGUAUAUUGGAACUUGAAGGGCGUAAGCAGGUGGUGAGAGAUACGGUGCGUCUGCACCGCGCAAGCAGGAAUGUGUUGCCCGAUUUGUUGCAGGCAGGGCUACCAUGUUAUUCACCGCUGUGGAUGCGUGAGAACUUGACCUCAUUUUUUCAGUCAAAGGAGCUUUCGUCUGUGCGUGAAACGAAACCAAGCCAGAAGCUGUCCAACACCAAGGUCAAGCUGCAAGAAGACCUGACGGAACUUAUUAGAUGGGAAAUGCCUAAUUGUUUGAUACAAAAUGACCAGUUAGAAGGGAACCUAACCAGGAAGAGUGCCGAUGAGGGUCCAGGGUUCCGGUUUUUUGAUUUUGACAGCUCUUUCGCAAGCCAUUCUUUGUUUGAUGUGCACUGGUGCAACUGAGAAUUGUUGGAGGUCUAUGCACAGAAAAUGGACAUAGCUGACAUUGAUGGAUUGUACAGCUUAACCGCGAAAGUCGAUGAUCUUUCAGAUCUCGUGCGGGCAUAUAGAUACUUGGACAUGGCUAGUGUCUAGACGACAAGCAAUUUGACCUCAUCUGAGGUCAGUCAUGGCCUCAUAUGAGGCCAGCUUUUUUUUUGCAAAAAUACAUAAAUUAAAUCGAAACUUUAAAACA